AUGCGAUGGGACGUGCUUGUCGGCCACGAAUGCUCUCAGCUGAGCGCCUGUCUUGCCCUCACCACCACUCCACCAAACUGCCUAUGGAAACGAAUGCCCACGAUGAUGGCUGCCCAUGACAGUGCACGGACGGCUACAAACUGCCAACGACCCACCACCACCCCACCAAGGGCGAUGACAGCCCCCACCACUCCCAGCUACGGGGACGGGCGCCUCACCUCACCACCCGAGCUAAAGUGA